CGAUAGGCAGAUACAACGGACAUUCACUCGUGUCAAAGGAUGCACCGUAUCGCCGAGCCGAGCCGGGCCCAGUCGCGGUCCAAUCACACAUCAGACAAUGCGUGUCAGCAGCACAAUCCUAGUCCUCACUGUUACGGCCUGCGUCUGCUUUGUGGUGCAGGCCUGUGAGCCGGACCAAAUACAGUAUGGCUGCAAAAUCUACGGUACCGCCUGCUCUUGCGGGCACGGCUGCAAAACUGAAUAUAUCUAUAAAAACAGAAGGGUUUGCCUCAACGCACUGAGAGAACGAAGUUCAAAUGUGUGUUCGAGAACGCCCUGCCAGCGAGGAAUUUGCAUACAGACUGUACAGGAUCCCGGUUUCACUUGCAAAUGUGAGGGUACUGGCUAUUAUGGACAACGAUGCGAGAAAGCAUGCCCAACAACAGCAGUGUACGGACUUGUGUUCCCUCAUGAGUGCGUCGUCAUAUGAAAUGCUUGCAACAAUUCAAUUAAAUAAUCCUUAGCUGAUAAUAUAACUGAAAUAGUAGGUAAUGUUUAUUUUCUUAAGAUCUGAUAUUCGUUUUAAUUGGCUCAUGUCUAUAAUGCUGUAAAAGUUUGACUAGGAAAAUAAAAAACCUGUUCUGGUGUCGCUUUAUUUGCAUGGCAAUACAUUUGACACAGUACGUGCUCUAGGAUUGUGGACCUCACAAUAACAAUUCCAUUUGUAAUAGUAUAACAACUGUUUAUUAUUAAACUGAUUAUAAGUUUUAAAUUUCCGUUAGUAGCUUUCAAGAUUUCGAAGUUGAGUUCUAAUCAACAAUAACGAGUUUCAACUUGUCUAAGAAGCGACAAUAGUGUUGCUAGGUAAAUAAAAUACAGAGGCCAAUCGCCACAGUGUAUAUAAACAAAAUAGUUCCAUUUCUAACCGCAAUAUGGUGCGGUUUCUUAUUUUCCUGGUUAUGCUUAACCUGGUUAACCUUAAUGUUAAAACAACGGUACGGUUGUAUUAUGUUCACAUCUAGCUAGAAAGUGAUCAUCACCUAACCUAACCGCAUGUUAAAAAAAAUAAAAUUCAUGAUUUUGAUUGAACAUGAAAGUCUCUACUCUUUUUGAAUAAUCGUCAUUCCAGGUGUACAGUUAAUUCAUUAUCUGUAUAUAACACAAUAUUUUAUUACAUUAAGUAUGUAAGUAUUUAUUCACUAUAAAAUAAAAUAUUAUUCUUGAAUUUGUAACAUUACAUACAUAUAUAAUAGUUAUUACCUACGUUUUAAUGAGGUAUAAUAUAAUCGGAACGGAUCGUAUUAAUAACAUUAAUAUUUAUUUAGUAUGUUUGACUAUAAUCUGUAUAUUUUAACCUAAUAAGUUCACGAAAUUGAAGCAGGAAUACUACGACGAACUUGAAUACUCCGCUCCACUUUGUAAGCACCAGCGUGAACUAAGUCUACAAUAUUACAUAAAUAUAAAUCUCUCUUUCCAAUAAACCGAUGAGAGUGGAGUUCUGUGACUGUAACCUGCAGUGGUGCGCGAAUAAAGCUAAUGAAUGUAUGUCUAUUGCGAUUACUACGAGUUAUUUAUUAGUUAUUUUUCAAUUAGGUAUACAUGUGUGAAUAAAGGCUCAUAAAAUAAUAUUAUUAUCAUCAGAAUACAGCUGCCAUAGCUCUUAUUAAAGUGUGCAGUGCUACAGGUUCGCGAACUUAUUGAAUAUUCAACUUUAGAUUCCUUAUAUGUAAGCGCUUUAAUGUUUAUAAAAAGUUUAACAUUUUUAUACUUAGUUUGUAAUUUUAGUAAAAGUACCAAUCAUUUGUUUAUUACAAAUACACGUUCAUAAUAAGUA